UCCCUUUAUCUAAUAUUAGGUUUUGGUUGGAGAUCUGAUAAUGUUCAAUAUAAAAAAUAUACAACAGUAGAGAAACUUAUGUAGUGGGCAAAUACUUUUUCACAGGACUGUACACACACAGACACACACAGACACACACACACACACACAGUCUUGUCACGGCUGUGAAGUAUUGUGUGAGACCAGGUAAUUGACUACCUCAACAGAAGUAGUGUGGUGGUUACCUCAGAAACCAGACUUCAUUAAAACACCAGCCCUCUACUCUCCCAUUCUCCCCUGUGCAUUAACUCUAACCAGCAGAAGGUGAGGCCUCACUGAUGAGAUUCCUAGCCUUUCCUCUGAGUGCAGUGUAAGUGUUAAUGUGGUAUUCCCCUCUUAACUACCACGCGUCUACACAUUAUCGCCAGGCAUCUAAUAAUAGACUGUAGGAGAUGUGGAAGAGAUGCAGCACUAGUCUGGCCAGCAUGAGAUGUAAAGCUGAUCACUGGUCAACUCCACCUGGCUGUGGUCUGACCUGGGCCACAUUCAGUACGCAAACGUUGUAAAACAUGGCAGAUAGAGAUGUCAUGAAUACAGCUGACAUUAUUCCAUAUUCUUUAUAAUUACUUAUUUACYUUUUAGUAAUUUACCAGAUGCUUUUAUCCAGAGUGACUUACAGUUAGUGCAUUCAUCUUAAGAUGGCUAGGUGAGACAACCACAUGUCACAGUAAGUACAUUUCCCCUCAAUAAAAUAAUUAUAACUGGGAAAUUUGCUAUUUCGCAACCUUGUUCCCUUUCUGCAUGCGCCCCUGACCUGUUUUACCCCCCUCAAUCCAGUCAAUUACUAUGGGAGAAGUGCCUGGUAAUCUGACCAGACUUUCAUGCCAGUCAUGCCAGAGGACAGAUGAAAGGUGGAAGUUAUGUUACCAAUCAAAGGGGAAAUUCAUAAAAAUUUGAUUUUUAUACGGUUUUGUUUCGUUUUAAGAGGUAAUUUGUUUUAACUUGUUUUACACGUUGUGUGAUUGUUUAAGRUGAAGGUUGUGGAACGUUAUGUUAAAAGUGUUAUAGAAAGUACAUGUCUUCUUCAUUCUGUUGUGUGUUCACCAGUGGGAAUGUGCAUGGUUCAUCAUCUUGUGCAGCACCUUCUCCCUGCUCCUCUUCUGGGCUUACUUCUGGUUGGAGGCCCACAAUGACUACAACCAAUUCAACUGGUGAGUGUUACUAUACAACCGUUCUGGGGAAUGGAAGGACGGCACUGUCCCCAUUCUCGCAACCACCGCAGUCGGCUUUAGUUACAUAACAUUUUUAAUGAUUUUAGCACUCUGUCAUAUUUCACUGGGACAGCAGCUGAACCUCUACUGGAUCCACAAGAUUAGUGUGUUGGCUGCCUUGAUCACCACUGUCAGUGGGGUGGUCUCCAUCAGUGACGUGUGGGGGGACGAAUGGGACAUCAUUCUUAUAUCGCUACAGUCCACAGGUCCUUUCCUGCACAUAGGAGCUCUGGCUGCUGUCACAGCGCUGGGUUGGCUGGUCGCUGGACAUGUGAUCCGUGCAGGGAGAACCAAGUUCCACUUGAUUGUGCUGCUUGUCUACCUAAGUGUCCUGCUGGUCCUCUACAUGGCUCCCCUUGCCAUCACCUCACCCUGCAUCAUGGACAGGAACAGCCUCAAACCUCGACCUGAUGUCAUUGGAAGACGGGGGGCUCCAAUGCUGGCUCCAGAGAACACCCUGAUGUCCUUCAACAAGGCCCUGCAACAGGGGGUCAGCUCCCUGGAGGCCGACGUCUCCGUCAGUCUGGACGGGGUGCCCUUCCUGAUGCGAGACCGCACCCUGAGAAGGACCACUAACAUCGCCAAGGUCUUUCCAGACAAACAGCACGAGGACGCCUCUCUCUUCAAUUGGACAGAGAUUCGCUCUCUAAAUGCGGGGCAGUGGUUUUUGGAGAGCGACCCCUACUGGACGGUUGGGUCUCUGACAGGGAGGGACCGGAACCGAAUGGGGAAUCUGACAGUGUGUAGCCUGGUAGAGAUGCUCCGCCUGACAGCCAGGGCCAACCGCUCAGCCCUGUUAAACCUCCAUAGACCUCCCCCAGAACACCCACACUACAAGACCUGGAUCAUGGACACCCUGUGGGCCGUCCAGAGGUCUGGGAUAUCACAGAAGAGGGUGACAUGGACCCCGGACACAGACAGGGGCCGUGUCAGGGGGCUGCAGCAGACCUCCUUAGAGAAACUGUCAGUGGAGGAGCUCAGACACAGGGGCAUCAGCAGCCUCACCCUGCGCUACUCACAGGCCAGUAACAAGGACAUUCAGGACUUCCUGGUGAACAACAUGAGUGUGAUGGUGUACCCGGUGAAUGAGCCGUGGCUUUACUCAGUGCUGUGGUGCAGCGGAGUGCCUUCUGUCUCCUCCGACGCCCCCCAGGUCCUCCGCAAGGUGCCCUACCCCAUCUGGCUCAUGAGCCCAUAUGAAUACUGCUUAGUCUGGAUCACCUCAGAUCUUGUCUCCAUCGCCAUAGUUACAGGAAUAUUCAUCUUUCAAAAAUGGAGGAUGAGUGGCAUGCAGAACUACAACCCAGAGCAGAUCAUGCUGAGUGCUGUGACACGCCGGCCCAGCCGAGACGUCAACAUCAUGAAGGAGAAACUCAUAUUCUCAGAGGUAAGCAAUGGAGUAACCAAUACAGAUGAACAUUUAUAUCCAGAGAAUGGCUAUGACAUUGGGCAGUACAAGUGAGCUGUGUCUGUAUACCUGGAGAAUGGCCAGGACAAUGGGCAGUUCAGAUGAAUUGUCUCUAUAUCCUGAGAAUGGCAAUGCAAUGCGCAGUACAGAUGCGUUGUCUCUGUACCUGUUUGAGCUGGUUGUGCCAACUACACUUAUGACGACAUCACACGGAGACUGCAACAGACAGAAUCACAAUGGCUGCUACUUUAAACUUAGAUGUUUCCCGCCAACAUGUUAGAACUUUGAACUUCUAAAAGUUGUGAAUGUUCAAUGUUUUGAAGACUGUUGAUCUACUUGCUGGAGUGACCUUUUUAAAAGUUGUAUUUCAAGCUCUGAAGGAUCAUGGGAUGUUUUUUCUUCUCAACUUUUUCUAAAUAUGACUUUUUGUUUUUCAGUUAUUUUCUUUUCCCUCUGAGAGGAUUGUCAUGGUUUGGUGUUCUAAAUACACUGCUCAAAAAAAUAAAGGGAACACUAAAAUAACACAUCCUAGAUCUGAAUGAAUGAAAUAUUCU